AAAGCCAUAGGCCCACAAAAAAACCUAUGCAUAUUCCAUAUUGCUAUAAAAACACUGAUAGGAAAACUUUCGAAAUGCCAGCAGGAAAACAACUCUUUCGACUUGAAUGAGCUGCAGUUGUUCUUGGCCCAAUCAGUCAAAGACUACUGCGAAGAAUUGAUGGUCAAAAUGCUUCACGGGGAUGAGUCAUUCUAUGAAUCAUCCAAAAGACCUAGAAUUCGGCUCAAACCCAAGAAAGACUAUUUGGCAGGUGUCUCUCGAUCUUGUCGUUGUGGGAGCUCACAUUGGAAAAGGCAAGAGAACUGGCUCGUAUGGAGGCUUUAUUUGAGCAGCAUACAAUGACGAUACCGGCGAGUAUGAAACGACUUGCAAGAUCAGAACAGGCUUUUCCGAUGAGGACUUGGCCUUUUUGUAUGCUAAGCUCAAGCCCCCGAAAUAUCGGCUCCAAAGCCGUUCUAUGUCUAUGACACAACAAACUCUAAUGCAGUGCCCGACGUGUGGCUCAACACAACACCCGUGUUUGAAGUUUUGACGGCUGAUCUUCCUUUGAGUCCCAUCUACAAAGCCCCGUAUCUGGAAUAUGGUUAGGGUAUUUCGUUAAGGUUACCAUAUUUCUCAGAUUGCGCGAUGAAAUGGGAGUUGAGGAUCACAAAAAGUCUUCUCAGGUUUCGGUGUUUUACCAGAGGCAAGCAAAUGUG